UAUUAGUAGAGGAAGAAAAAAUGCAUGCACUAAGGCUGACAUUAACCCCUAUGAUCCAAAUGCUAACUGGGAAAAAGUAAAAGAGCAUAGAGAAAGUUGGAUCCCGCAACCAGUUUGGAAUCAUUUUGUGGACAAUAUUUGGUCCAAAGAGGAAUGGAUGAAGAAAUCUGCUAAGGCUGCAAAAAAUCGCAACACACUAAAGGAAGGAAGUGUCACCAAACAUACUGCUGGUUCAUGUUCUUUUGUUAAACAUAAGCAUAAGAUGGCUAAAUCACUAGGACGAGAACCAUCCCAACUAGAAAUCUUCAAUGCAACUCAUACUCGUAAGAAAGAUGGUGGCCAAUUUGUGGAUGGAAAAUCAAAAUCUGUCAGUGAGAAAUAUGACACAGCUUUGAAAGAGAAACAUGGUUGUGAUUCUUCUUCUCAAGUGAUAUUUGAUGCUGAUGCAUGGAAAUAUGCAAUUGGUGAUAUCAAUCGCUCCCAUUUGUAUGGUUUUGGAGCUCUUGAGAACCGAAAGUCUGUUCUAGGUGAAAAUUCAACCCAAAGAUCCACAACUACUAAUGUACCUAAUGUAGCAAAUGAGGCAUUACAAGAGCUUUUCAAGAAAUGGUUGUCAGAACAACUCCCUGGUAUGUUAUCUUCUUUAGGCUAUCAUCCUAUGGAUAGUGCAUUUGGAGACAAUGUUCCACCAUCAUCAAGUGGUGAUAAUCCAAAUACUUCACAAAAUGACAGUCAAGAAACCGAAAGUAAUAGGGGUGGUGAUUGACAUGAUGAUAGGGAUGGGGAUGGACAUGAUGAAUUGGAAGCACCAUAUAUGAUAAUUUAGUAUGUUGCUAAUCUGGUGCAACACAUAGUAUUUUGUGAUUAUGCAUGUACAAAGCUAACAU